UCAGUUGGUAUCGAUCCUCCUCCAGACUCAACACAGCAACAUUUACAGUACAGAGGCUGGCUGAUCAGAGCAGACAAGAUGAAGAUUGUUCUCCUGAUCACCAUCACGUUCACUCUCCUUGGGGAUCUUGUGGCAAAUCAACCUUGUCAGAGUUACAACAAUAACAACAAUGCGGACGAAUUUGUUAAGAGACACAUUGUUAAGAAGAUCUUUGACAGAACAUCGAAGACUGAAUGGGAGAGGUACAUAAGAGCCAAUCAAAUCUGCGCCACAACUACGCAGUCCUUCCUCGAGGAUCAGACAAGUGUCGAGAAGAUCUGUAAUGGCAAAGGCCACCCGAUAAGUAACAACGGUGACUUAUGCAUCAGUGAUUCACACAUGCGGGUAUAUGAGCUCAAAGUCAAAAACAAUUGCAAAGUAACACGUAUUUCUGAUGCCAUGAAACCUGUUAUUGUGGCUUGUAAUAUUGUUGGAAACCGCUGCCGUCCUGUCCAUUUUGAGAGAUACAUCAACCAAAGGCCAAUCCCUAGAAGUCGCCCCUGCCGGCCUUAGACACUUCUUAGAAAAGGCCAAGUUCUGAAAGUGUUUGACAUUGGAUCCCAGUUGUCCGGCCUAUUAUUGACCUGACACCUAAAACCUCUGUCAACCUUAUCGUUAAACUAAGCCUUUUUUGCUCACAUGAAAACAUUGGAAUUUGUUAUGCAUCAUAUUCUGUGUUAAAAAAAAAUUGAGCUUGUCGAUCAUAACAUUUCUUGAGUUGAGCAUGAUUAAAAGAACAUGUGCCAGUUUUGUUUCCAGCUAAUCUUAAGGUUAAUAGGUUGCUUGCUUUAAUAACACUUAUGGGUACCCUUUUCCAUGAUGAGUUCUGUUCAUACUAUUAUUACUCUGUAUAAUCCCAUUAUUGUCAAACUAAUGCUUGCCACAUUUAUAUCCAUAUACUGCUCUGUGAAAAAAAAUUCAAAACUGUUUUAAAAUCCUUUUUUCAUUGGUUAUAUUCUCCAGGGUAAAACAUGAAUACAAAUAAAUAUAUAAAAGGUGUUUGACUUAGUAUUUUGUAUGCAACUUUAUGCCAUAAUGAAACCUGGUCUGUCUACCUUGAGCUGCAGACGCUUUCUCCUCCCCUUUGCUUUGAAUUCUCUUGGAACUUUCCAGACCUUAUCAUCAUUGUUGUGGAAUUUGUCCGUAGGAGUUCAGAAAUAAAAGUAUUCAACACAAA